UUCUUGUUCCAACUAUGUUUUUCAGAUUUCUACGUGGCUCGAGCCGCACCAAAAUUAUGUGUAUAGCGCGGGGCAGUGUCCUUGGACCCAAAACCCUUCAGCCGCCCUACCACGCAACACACCAAGCACACCGCGAGCUGAGCCAUCUGUCCGGGAGGCGACUCCGCUGGAAACUCGGCGUGAUGCAGUUGCUCAGUGGACUACGGCACCGCUACUGUCUGUGGCGUCUCCGCUGUCUGCUGGGCGGGGCCUUCGACGUGGGUGGAUUCCAGGAGGGCACUCGCCAGGCGGCGGCCACCAUGAUCGAGGCGGUGCACCAGGCGGACUGGCCCUGCAUCCGGAGUUGCUGCACGGAACGCGGAUCGGCGGACAUCUACGGGUUGUCCCAGGAUCAGCGUCCGUACGGCAGACUGGUGCGCUUUCAGAGGCAGCACCUGCGACACGCCCUUCCCGUGAGAGUGGUGCGUCGCUGGAUCGAUGGUCGUUCAUAUGUCCUUGUGGACAUGCUCUUCGUUGGCCUGCGCAAUCUCCUGGACCUUGGGACUGCCCAGGAAAAGGAGGAAAUGGUGCAGCGCAUUCAGACCGUGCUGGCGGACUCGCAGAUCCAAGAGCAGUUCGAUCCCAAACACUGCCGCCUGGUCAUAGCCGAACUAGUGCUCACCUUCUGCAAGGAGCUUGGCGAAUCCGAAGUCGAUUUGCAGAAUUCAGCUGAUGAGCGUGAAGAUGGCUGGCUGGUGGACUCCUACGAACUGCACCGCUUCAAACUGAUUAGCUUCAGUCCGAAAACUCUGAGUUUUCGCGUUAUCGAGUUCCCGAAACCGGUUUAGCAGAAGUCACCCAAAAUGUCUCUGUUUUGA